GUCAGGGCAGAAGCUCUUUCCUUGCUCACCCUCAUCACCUUUCUCCACUCUGCUGCUCCGCCUCAGACACAAGCUCAUCUUGCCACACUUGCGAGCAUGACCGAGCCCAUCAAACUACGCAUCGGCUAUGUUCCCGAGCAUUUCUCUUCUCCCUUACUACAGCUAGGUCGUUCGUCAUGGGGACUUGCUCACCUAGAACUCGUCUCACAACCCAGCGGCACAGGUCAAAUGCUCUCCUCCCUCUCAUCUGAUCAGGCCAUGCAGCAAGAACAGAAAAUAGAUGUGGCUGUUGCGCUUACAGAGAGUCUGAUUGCUGCACUUGCCAAAGGAAGAGAGGAUUUCAAACUUGUGGGGAGUUACGUCAAGAGCAGCUUGAAUUGGGCUGUCAUUACGGGUACAUCGCCACAUGCCGAGCGAUACCAGAGCAUUGAGGACCUCAAGGGAGAGAAGAUUGGCAUCAGCAGAGUAGGCAGCGGUAGCAUGGUCAUGGCCAGCGUCAUGGCCCUGCUGCAAGGAUGGACAGACAAGAAUGGCAAAGCGUCAGAGGUGCACUUUAAAGUGCAAGAUACGUUCGAAAACUUGCGCAGAGGCGUCAACUUUCCCCCCAAACAAACUUCAGGUCCAUCGGCGUCAUCGCACGCGCCUGUCUCCACUGCAAGUGGACAAAUCAGUGCCGAAGACUUCGCAGAUUCUGCCGAAUCGUACGUGUCUAAAUACUCCGACGGCUCUUCUCAGCCUUCGCUAGGAGCACACGUCUUCUCGGAAGGAUGGAAGUAUAGUGCUGCGCCUGUUCCUCUACUUGAACGCUCUUUCGAUCUGCUUGCCGAUCCAGCUAGACAGAAUGAGGAGGCUCGCAGGACAGUGUUGCGCGUGCAGCAGGUCAUUGCUAGGAGCUCUACUUGGGGCACACCGGUGCUUUAUUUCAGAGCGAGCACAGCGGAAGGAACAUUGUUGACUCUACCGGAAAUCGAGAGCUCCUCAUUGCUUAUUCGAAAUACGGGCGAGAAGAGCAAUACCACUCUCCCAAUCCACACCACUUCCGCACCGACAGGCCUGGACGCAGAUGCUCGGAAUGCACCUUCAGAGUGGGCGUCGUUGUCGCUAGGCAACCAUCCAGUGACGGACGAAACAUGGAUCAUGCUUCAUCCUUGUCAAACAGCUCCUUGGAUCUCCCUUUUGCGCUCCAACGACGCCUCGUCACAAAGUUCUAGCAGCUCGAGCGGCGUGCAGUACAUCGAAGCCUUUAUGAGCCUAUGCGCUUCGGCCGUGCAGAUGAGGUCUGAUCAGAGCAGACCUGGUGCUGAGCAGGGCCCAUCGCAUCGUUCUGAGCAUGGCCAAUCAGUGGAGAAACCGGAAACGGCUGCUUUCAUGUGGGAAUGGUUCACCACGAAACCUUUUGUGGACUCUGGAGAGGUGCGCUUCAUCGGAAACGUACCGACUCCCUGGCCCAGCUGGAGCAUAGCCGCAUCCGUACCCACCGUUCUCUCCAACGCUUCAUCGUCUGCCUCCUCCUCCGACUCUUCAAAAAGUCUCACCAAGCUGCACAUCCUCAGCGACUUUCUCCAUCGUCUUCAAGCUCAAAUCGUUCAGUUCACGUCGGACGAAGACGAAGCAUUGCGAUUCGUGCAGAGCGAAAUGGGCUACGAAGCAUCGGAUGUGAGGCUGUGGUACGAGCGUGUGCGCUGGGUAGGAGAUUCGCGUUCUUCGCUCGAAGAACAGCAUUCUGUUCAUUCGUCCAGCGUCGCUGCAAGCCAAACGCACAAGGGGAAUGUGAAGACGAAGCAGACGGGACAAGAUACUUCUACCAGCACAGUCUCCAAAGAGACGCUCUUGAGCACCCUACAAACCCUCCUUCGAGCCGGCGCUAUCCCGGCGCCCAGCUCAGACGCAGACGAUACGAACGACGCAGCCGCGUGGAAUGUCAAAAGCUUCGUCCAGGCUUUACCCGGCCAGGGUGUCCAGUCUGGCUUGGUCGAUUGAAAAAAUUUCAAUCAUAUAUGUUCACGAUCUUGCAUCAUCCAUCUUCAUCGCUUGCCACACCUCC